AUGAAGGUGGAAGUACAAUGGAAGAAGUUGGUGAAACCGACAGCUCCAACGCCGCAUCACCGGCAAAAGCUGAAGCUAUCUCCCAUUGAUGAGAUUCAAGUUCCCUUUUAUGUGGGCAUUAUCUUCUACUAUAGAGAUAAUGCUGAGAAUCGAGGAGUUGAUACUCUUCAGAAGCUUCACCGGAUGGAGAAGUCGCUUUCUGAAACGCUAACACUCUUCUAUCCUAUGGCAGGAAGAUAUGUCGAGGAUGAUGGUUGUUUUAUCGACUGUAACGACCUUGGAGUCGAGUUUGUCCAUGCCAAAGUGGACGCCCAGAUUGAUCAGCUUCUCCAUGGAGACCUCGACAUGGAUUUGCUCGGUCGUUUGUCGCAAUUUCCCACCAACGUGGAAGGCAAUCCAUUAGUUGUGAUUCAAGUGAAUACAUUUAAGUGCGGCGGAUUGGUGAUUGGCCUGCGCUUUACGCGCAAGAUCGGUGACGUGUGCACCUUUGCCAUGUUCUUUAAUUCAUGGGCUACCGCUUUCCAGGGUAACAUGGACUCGGUAGAGUGCCCAAAUUUUGAGCUGUACACUCUAUUCUCAGGGAAAGAGCCGGUGGUUCGGUAUCGGCCUCCACCACCUACUGGCAACGAGGAAUUCGUCACGAGCAGGUUCAAGUUCAGCAGUGAUGCUAUAUUAAAGCUGAAAGCUCUAGCUAGGGACGAUGCGAAGGAUUCGAUGGCCAACGGUUCCCAGCCUUCAAGGGUGGGGGUUGUUUCAGCACUAAUAAGUAGGGCUCUCAUUGAUAUUGAUCGAAUUAAACAUGGGGAAAAAAGGGCUUUCGUGGUUUCUAUGACAGCUAACUUGCGCGAGAAAACUAGUGUGGCAAUGCCUGCGAAUUCUUUUGGCAAUUUCUCCGCCGUGAUGUUUGCGCAGUCCGGUCAACCCACGGACGGCAAAAGCAAGUUGGAGUUCAAUGGACUGGUGCAUGUAAUUUGCGACAUGAUAUCAGAUGCCAAAACGAAAUAUGCAACAGUCGUAGACAAGGGGGAGUUAUGCUCGAUGGUGGUCAAUUCUCAAGCCGAGUUCCUAAAGAAUGUGUCGACAAAUAGCGAAGAGUUUGUGAUUGCCUUUAGUAGCUGGUGCAGGUAUGGGCUACGUGAGAUUGACUUCGGGUGGGGAAGGCCUAUUUUCGUCAGCCACACGUCAGUGAAUUUCAGAUUGAUUGUUCUUCUCGACGACGAAGAGGACGGAGGAAUAAAUGCGUGCAUAACCAUAAAAAAAGAUGAGAUGAUUCUUCUGAAACAAGAUCCGGAAAUUCUGGCGUUCCAGAAGAUUUGA